AGCUAUUAUACUAAUUGAUUGGAAAUGGAGCUGACACUUGAGGCCGUGGCCAAGGACGCUUUCCGUCGUGACUUUUUCCUGCGCUGCUUCACGGAGCGAGAGGCACAAGCGCUGGAGUUGCGCUUCGCCUUCCUGCUCCGCGUCCGCCAGUACAAGCGGCUCGUGGGACGUCGGGAUCUACUUCCGCGUGCCGCGAAGGACAUCGUGACCGCAUAUCUGCAGCAAGUGCAGUCGACGGACCAACUCUUGCUUCCUCCAUCGGCUGAGCCUCUUCGGACUCGUGUAUUAAAUGCAGCGGCUGCAGGUCAUUGUCCACUGGAUUUAUUUAACGGACUGGAGACGCUCGUGCGGGACCACAUGACUCGCACGGCCUUCCCUCAAUUCCUCUCAAGUCCAGAUUACACGGCACUAUGUGGCGCUUUGAGAUCGAGACGAGAACUGCCACUUGCUGAGGUUCUCGUGGACUCAAGACGCACUCAAUUUCUAAUGAAAUAUAUAACCGAUAAAUUCCCGGGAGAUGAAGGAAAUUUGCACUUCUGGGUGCACGUGCAGACGCGGUUUCUCCCUCUGAUCCAGACGACCUUAUUCUCGGUGGCUCUAUUCGAAGAGGUGCAGCGUCAUGUGCGUCAUGUGUUCAAUCGAUUCCUGGUGGGGGAGACAGAGACCGGAGAAGGAGCUGGCCAUGCAGCGACUCGAGUUCCAGAAACUGUACGACGAGCCACACUGCAACAAAUUAUGAAACUGCAAAGUGAGCCAUUCUCUCCUCCUCGUUACGCGAAUUUAUUCCGUACAGCUCAGGACUGUGUCUGGGAAUGGCUACAGACUGAAGUGCACCCAAAGUUUCGAGCGUCGAGUUUGUAUGUCAUGUUGGUAGUGGAGACGGAGGAUCUGGAGACCGAUCAGCAGCUACGACGUCUGAGUGAACAUGUGCAAGCGACUGCGAAGAGAAGUGCAACAAUGCGGCAGAGCGAGACGGUGCUCAGAGUAUCGUCGAGGAAGAGUGAGACGCAAGCGAAAGCCAACGCGGUGCUCAGCUAG